GGCUGCCGCCAUUUUCACUGCCGUCGCGCUCGCGCCGUAUCUCCGCUUUUAAAGGGGCCGCGCCGCCUCUUUACGUUUUUUUAUUCGGUUUUCCAAGCGCCUCCGCGCCGUCCGGGUGGGUCCGAGCCCCCCCGCCAGACUCUGCCGCCGCCAUGAGGGAGAUCGUCCACAUCCAGGCGGGCCAAUGCGGCAACCAGAUCGGCGCCAAGUUCUGGGAGGUGAUCAGUGACGAGCACGGCAUCGACCCCACAGGCACUUACCACGGGGACAGCGACCUGCAGCUGGACCGCAUCAGCGUCUACUACAAUGAGGCCACAGGGGGCAAAUAUGUGCCCAGGGCCAUCCUGGUGGAUCUGGAACCUGGCACGAUGGACUCUGUGCGCUCCGGCCCCUUCGGGCAGAUCUUCAGGCCUGACAACUUUGUGUUUGGCCAAAGCGGUGCCGGCAACAACUGGGCCAAGGGUCACUACACGGAGGGCGCCGAGCUGGUGGACUCGGUGCUGGACGUGGUGCGCAAGGAGGCCGAGAGCUGCGACUGCCUGCAGGGCUUCCAGCUGACCCAUUCCCUGGGCGGCGGCACCGGCUCGGGCAUGGGCACGCUGCUGAUCUCCAAGAUCCGCGAGGAGUACCCCGACCGCAUCAUGAACACCUUCAGCGUGGUGCCGUCCCCCAAGGUGUCGGACACGGUGGUGGAGCCCUACAACGCCACGCUGUCCGUGCACCAGCUGGUGGAGAACACGGACGAGACCUACUGCAUCGACAACGAGGCGCUCUACGACAUCUGCUUCCGCACCCUCAAGCUGACCACGCCCACCUACGGCGACCUCAACCACCUGGUGUCGGCCACCAUGAGCGGCGUCACCACCUGCCUGCGCUUCCCCGGCCAGCUCAACGCCGACCUGCGCAAGCUGGCCGUCAACAUGGUGCCCUUCCCGCGGCUGCACUUCUUCAUGCCCGGCUUCGCGCCGCUGACCUCGCGGGGCAGCCAGCAGUACCGCGCCCUCACCGUGCCCGAGCUCACCCAGCAGGUCUUCGACGCCAAGAACAUGAUGGCCGCCUGCGACCCGCGGCACGGUCGCUACCUGACGGUGGCCGCCGUCUUCCGCGGGCGCAUGUCCAUGAAGGAGGUGGACGAGCAGAUGCUGAACGUGCAGAACAAGAACAGCUCCUACUUUGUGGAGUGGAUCCCCAACAACGUGAAGACGGCCGUGUGCGACAUCCCGCCGCGCGGCCUCAAGAUGGCCGUCACCUUCAUCGGCAACAGCACGGCCAUCCAGGAGCUCUUCAAGAGGAUCUCGGAGCAGUUCACGGCCAUGUUCCGGCGCAAGGCCUUCCUGCACUGGUACACGGGCGAGGGCAUGGACGAGAUGGAGUUCACCGAGGCUGAGAGCAACAUGAAUGACCUCGUGUCCGAGUACCAGCAGUACCAGGACGCCACGGCCGAGGAGGAGGAGGAUUUCGGCGAGGAGGCUGAAGAGGAGGCCUGAGGGGUUUCUCCAGAGGUCCUGAUCCUCGGCAGUGUUGCUCCUCCCCUUCCCGGUGUGUUGUCCCAGAGAGGCGUCAACCGGUGGGCGGCGCCUUCGGUGUCAUCAUCAUUGUCCUGCAUCAUCAUCAGUGUUGGCCUUGGUCAUCGGCGGCGGCAGCGGAGUCCCCACCCGACCUUCAGCGUUGUCCUGACGGUCUUCAACCUUCAUCAUCGUCAUCCUGGAAGAGUCCCCAGCCUUCAGCAUUGUCCUCACGGUCCCCAGGCUUCACCAUCAAUGAAGAGUCCCUAAUCUUCAUCAUUGUCAUCCUUGAAGAGUCUCCAAUCUUGAUCAUGGUCAGAGCUCCUAACUUCUGUUCUCAUCUUUAAAGAGUUCCCAAUUUUCAUCAGCACUGAAGAGUUCCCAACCUUCAUCAUCAUCUUUGAAGAGUCCCCAGCCUUCAGCAUUGUCCUCACAGUCCCCAGCCUUCCCCUGAAUCAUGGUCAUUCUUGAAGAGUCUCCAGUCUUCGUCAUCAUUGAAGAGUUUCCAAUCCUGGUCAUGGUCAGAGCUUCCAACUUCCAUCAUUGUUGAAGGAUCCCCAAAGGUUCAUCAUUGUCAAGAAGUCCCCAGCCUUCAUCAUCCUUGAAGAGUCCCCAACCUACAUCCUCGAAGAGUCCCCAGAGUUCAUCGUGGUCCUUGCAGAGUCUUCGAUCUUCAUCAUCCUCAGCCCUUGGUCUUCAUUGGGGCUGGUCAGUUGGCCUUGACCUUCAUCAUAAUCAUCUUCAUCAUGGAAGAGCCUCCCAACAAGAGUUUUUGACCUUCACUGUCAUCAUGGAAGAAUUGUGGACCUUCAUUAUCAUCGUGGAAGAUUCCUUGACCUUCAUCAGGGUUGGUCACUUGGCCUUGACCACCAUCAUCCUCAUCAUGGAAGAGCCUCCAAGAGCUCUUGACCUUCAGCCUCAUCCUGGAAGAGUUGCUGACCUUCAUCAUCAUCAUCACCUCUGCCCCUCCCCCGCUGCCACCACGGCCUCCUGUCCCCUCCCCAGCUCCACUCUGGCACCGUUUCCUCCCUUUUUUUUGUCAUUUUUCCCAAUUCUUUCUUUUUUUCCCUCCUACUUUUUGUCAUUUUUCAUAUUUUUUGUCAUUUU